AUGGAUUCAACCAGUGGUAUCGUUCACAACAGCGGUGUAGCAAACGGCGACUUGGUUCAUUUACCUCUCGAAGAGGUUCGCGUGAAUUCCUCAAUUAUUGACAUAUCGGCGAGAGUAACCCUGACUCAAUCGUUCCUCAAUCCAUCUGAGCAUGCCACAAAUAAAGCAGUAUACUAUUUUCCAGUGCCAGCAUCGGCAGCUAUCUGUGCUUUUGAGAUGCGACUCGAUGAUGGGCGAAUUAUUAAAGGCAUUUCCAGAGAUAACAAAUCAGCUGUGGAAGAGUUUGAGAGAGCUGUCAGAGAGGGCAGAGAAGCGUCUCUCCUGAAAUGGGUCACAGAUGAUAUAUUCACCAUAUCGAUCGGCUCCAUCCCGGCUCACCAGACGGUCGAAACCAAGCUCGUAUUUGUGAUGAACCUGAUGAACGAGGACACCGACCAAAUUCGUUUUUAUCUACCCAUGCAUGUUGGUCAACGCUACGGCGAACUACCACUGGAGCUCGUCGGUUCCUCUCAAGCGUCCCCACAGACACGAGUUCGCAUUACCACUGAUAUUCAAACAAGCGGGCGCAUUCUAAAGAUUGAUAGUCCAAGUCACGCAGGCGAAAUCAUUUCCAGCCAGUACCCUACUCACCUGAAUCGUCCAUCACGACGUAGAGCGACGGUCAAGUUCAAGUCCAAAACUUUCCUCAACUGUGACUUCGUCCUUAUCAUAGAGGCUGAGAAGCUCGAUUCCCCUCGAUGCUUUGCAGAACUUGAAGGCGAUCCCGAUCGUAAAGCCAGUCUAGCACUGCAGUUGGCGAUUGUUCCAAAGUUCAAUUUAGUUUCGAACCGACCUCAGGAAUACAUAUUCGUUGUUGAUAGAAGUGGUAGCAUGGCGAAUGCUCGUAUCGAGACUGCUAAACGUACUCUUGAGAUGCUCCUUCGUAUGCUUCCACAAAGUCAAACAUUCUUCAAUAUAAUUAGUUUUGGGAGUGAUACUGACCGUCUAUGGGAUGACAGUCAAGUUUAUAGCCAGCGUACGCUUGACAUUGCGACAAGUCUAGUUGAACGUAUGGAUGCAAACUUUGGAGGCACUGAAAUUCUUAAUGCGAUGCGGAAUGUCCUGAGCUCCCGUCGUUCAGACAUAGCGACUGCGAUUUUCCUUUUGACAGAUGGCGAGGCUUAUCAAAUCGAUGAUACGACAAGACUUGUCCAGAAUGCGACCGAUAGUGCAUCGGCGUCUGCCCCCCUUCAUGUCUACGUGCUAGGCAUAGGUGAACAGGUUUCAACGGCAAUGUGCGAAGGAAUUGCUGGAGCAGGAAAUGGUGUAUGCUUAUUUGCCCAUCAAGCGGAAAGCAUCACCUCGAAAUGUGCUCGUCUACUUCGUGCAGGUCGAACGCCUUUCAUCAAGAAUGCCACGAUCGACUGGGGUCUUUCAGAAGAAUAUAUCGCCUCGGCCUCGAAUUCAGUCUUCUUUUCCAAUAAUGCAUCUUCCCAAAGGCUUACUCGCCUUAGGUCCUUCCCUGUUCUCCAACAAGCACCGACCAAAAUAGGCGAUAUUCAUGCUGGAGUACGCUUCACAGUAUACGCGAUCCUUCGUCUAAAGAGAGUUGCUGUCCCUGUAGAAGUGAUUCUUCGAGGUAACCUCGAUGACACAGGCGAACCUUUCGAGUGGCGUGUUCCCAUCCGAGGUGUUCAAUUGACUAACGAGGAGCCAGGACUUUCAGCUAUCCACACAAUUGCAGCCUGGCACUUCAUUCAAGAACAUGACAUGGGCCGUGCGCCCCUCCCGUCGUAUCUUCCUAGUCCAGGAAUCAUUCCUGCACUCAAGGAACUGCACGAGGCAGCAAUUAUUCGUUUGGGUGAGACAUAUCAGCUUGCCAGUCGAUACACAUCCUUUGUUGCUGUUGAAUCAGGGAGAGCUGCAAGUCGUGGGAGGCGACGUCGGAGUGACUUUGGUAGUUGGACCCCUGAACCUGCGGCCAGUCGCUCACGGUCACCUAGUCAAGCCGCUUCCGGUGUCAAUACAGCUGGGUCUCUGAGCUCACCGUUGAGGACUCUCUAUGCAGAUCUUAUAUCUGGACUGACAGCACUAUUUGCACCCACGAGCUCAUCCACCACGAUGCCGGGCGAAUGGCCAGAGCAUUCUCCAUCGACCACUACUGUCCAUGGCGAUAACACUGAUGAAGGGUAUCAAAGUUCAGAUAGCGCAAGAACGUUUACAACUAUCAGUUCUGUCUUUGGAUGGAAUUCAGAAAAAAGCGAUUGGAGUGAUUCUCCUAUCGCUGAGGAAACUCAAGGAGGGCCUGCCCCGCAAUUCGUGCCUGUACGUUUCGCCCCUCCUCACAUCCAACAAUCAUCUCUCCCUAUCCCGCCUCGAACUCGUUCCCCUCCUCCUCCUCCUCCAAUUUUGCCGGAAAUAGUGGACCUGGUCAAGGAGCAGCAGUUUGACGGAUCAUACAAUCUCAACGAUAAGCUACGCUUGUUAGUUGGUGAUGCAGCGUACAGUGAACCAUUAACGCGUGGAUUGGACCACAAGACAUGGGCAACAGCGCUGUCAGUGGCAUAUAUCAAGAUACAACUGGGGAACCAGAGAGAAUUGGUCGAUGACUUGGUGUAUAAAUCGCUGGAGUAUUUGCAAAUUGGGGGUAACGAAUAUUUGAUUGAACGAGCUACAACCUUAAUAACAACCAUAUGA